UCCCGAGGCGAGCGACUCCAGACGCGCGUCCCUCCUCUUCUCCCUGGCCAGACCAACGCGACGGUCGGCGGCGGCGGCGGCGGCGCCCAGAUUUCUUGGAGAAGAACUAGCAGCUGAGGCUAAUUGGAGGGUUCUUGCAAUCGGCUGAGAUUCUUCGAACCCUGGUGCUCCGGUGAGACAGUGCAACAGUCUUGCUGCAAUAUGGACCGACAAGUCAGGGAUGACCAUGAAGGGGUGAAUGUUGUUGGGUUUGAAGUCCCAGCAUCACCAGAUUCAAGCUACAGUAACCCUAUUCCUGGAAAUGAAGAUGAAGCUCGGGAACCCCCAUUGGUUCCUCCUCAUUUGCAGCACACAUUACUGAGCUUCCCGCCGAGCCACGACGACUCCAGCAGCCUCCCUCUGCCCCAACCCGUGGUACUCAACCACCUCUACAUAGAAAAGGAGAACUCGAGGUCUGUCGUUGCCCUGGGGAUCACGCACCGGUUUAAGGCGAAGUUUGUCACGGUCGUGCUUUACAAGCCAGUACAGAGGCGGUAGGGUGGUGAACAUUUGUGUACACCGUGUUCUCCUCCUCCCAUUGGAUUGUGGCGACCUGCCAAACGGAUAGAACCCCACUGUUGUAGUCCUGCAGAAACAGAAAGAAAGAGAUACCUCGACUGUCCAUCAUUCUCAAAUGAUUUGGUCAUGUACUUAAUUGACUGCUGCUGGUCGUGAUGAUGAUGAUGAUGGUCUAGUGGAAUGAUGUUUGUCA